UGCCGCCAACACCAACGAAGAAGAACACAUGCGCUGCCGGGCUAGAGGCUAACGUGGAUGUUAGCUGUUUUGUUGUUCCUGUUAAGUUUUGUAUUGUGGAUCAUUAUAAAAAUAAAUAACUUAAAAAGUAUCUUCAUCUUAUCUUUCCCCGAGCUACCUUAGUUAAAUGAACUCAUUUGUAUACAUUGCUUCAUCUCGAGCGACUGAUUAGCUAAUUAGCCGCUAAAUGGGCAGAGAACAAGUAACGCCGUUUCGCAGACUUUUCCUUUAACUACUCAGAUUAUCUUCUUAUAUAAUGGACCUUAAUUUCUACUCUGAGUUGUCCGGUAGUUCCCAAAAUGUUGAGCCGGAAUUUUUGGAUCCACAAACAUUCAGUGAAUACGCUGAGGAGGAACAUAAGUUCGCAGUGGCCAGUGACGGUUACAUGACCAUUAGUGGAGAGGGACACUCAUUUCUGUCUGCGUCGCAGACAUUCCAUACCCCCAGUCUCGGAGAUGAAGUUUUUGAGAUUCCGCUCUCACUUGAUCCAGAUUCUGCUUUAAACAUCAAUGAUGCAAUGUCCCACUUUGACCUGUCCAAUGGUUCUGAUGGUAUGGCGGGAUCUUCAGGCUCUCAUUGUAUGGUCAGCAACCUGGUACCUGAAGUCAGUGACCCAUCUUUUGCUUCCACCUUUGUGAACACUGGGUCUCAAAUAAUCGAUCAACUGAGCGGUGCAGUGGUGAACCAUGCUGGUGGAGCAACGUUACUGAGCUCUUCUGCACUGGAACUUGGCAAUUCCAGUGGGUCACAUUUUAUCAGCUCCUCCCCCAUGACAGUUGACGUCCAGCUUGAUAAUAUCAGCCAUGUUCUUUUGGGAAGCAGUCAGCUGGCCGCUGUUCACCGAUCAGAGCUGGCACUGGGACACUCUGGUGAAAGCGUUGUGCCUCAGGUAGCAGCACCUGAGCAGCCGCUGUCAGCCACACCAUCUCCAGCUGGCUCCCUGCACGAUGAGGACAUGGAUGAUUUCAAGAGGAGCGUGCUGGUAGACUCUCCCGUGUCUGUGUCCUCAUCAUCUGUCCUCACUCAGGUGUCCUCCCACCAGUUCCCCCAGUCCUCUGUCUGUGUGGCUGCACCCAUGAAGGAUGAGGACAAACCGGUCAUGUUGGCAUCAUUGCCUGCUCCAGCAAGUGCAAAGAAAGGAAGGAAGAAGAAAGACCCCAAUGAGCCACAGAAGCCUGUGUCCGCGUACGCCUUGUUCUUUCGAGACACUCAGGCUGCCAUUAAGGGCCAAAACCCCAAUGCCUCUUUUGGGGAGGUGUCAAAGAUUGUGGCUUCCAUGUGGGACAGCUUAGCUGAUGAACAGAAACAGGUGUACAAGAAGAAGACAAAAGUGGAAAAGGAGUAUUUGAAAGCACUGGCAACUUAUAAAGCCAACCAGCUCUCACAGUCAACCAGUGAGGAGUUGGAUGCUGCUUCUUCAACACCUCCUCCAUCUGCUCCUGUUCCAUUUGCUGGCCACCAGGUCAUCCAUCCAACAAUCAACCUUGAUGAAAACACCAUCACAAACAUUUGCGCGUCCAACAUCACACUGGAUGUCCCCGAGAUGACCACAAGUUCCCAGGUGGGGCUGAACAAAGCUGUUGGAGUUCAGCCAGCCCAAACCAUCACAAAGAUCAUAAUCCCAAAGCACAUGCUGCAGGCUGGGGGGCAGCUGGUGACCAUGCUGCCUGCAGGAAUCCGGGCCUUGCAUCCUACAUUUAUCGUUGCUGGUGUUUCGCGGCAGCCUCCUCCACUGCAGCAAAUGCAGAAUGCACCGCUUCCACCACGGCUCCAGCAGAUGGCACCAGCUCCGCCACCUUUACAGGCGAAGCCACGUGAGGGAAGCACCACCCCAGGCCUCCCUGUGUCCCUCAUGGCUGCACCACCACCCCCUCUCCAGAUAAAAAUUGUUCCUGCCUCCUUGCAGAGCAGCGAGGCUCUGCCAGUUAUUGUCAGUACUACAACUGGUGUUUCAUCUCCUGGAGCUACACCUGUCCCGCCCACAUCCACUACGGCGCUGCACAUGGCGGGGAAUCAGGAUGAGGACGAGGUUACCGAGGUGGUGGACUCAGACGAGGACGUCAUGGAAGUGACUGAGUCAUGGGAAACGAGCACUAUGAAGCGGGUCUGUGUAAGAGCCGGCUGCAACAAACCAGCAGUGGAGAGUGAAGACUGGGACAGAGAGUACUGCAGCAAUGAAUGUGUGGCCACUCACUGCAGGGACGUAUUCCAGACCUGGUGCUCCAUCAGGAAUCAGACAGUGGGAACAGUUGAAUAACAAGCACCUGCUGCCCGCCAGGCACAGAAGAUACUUGUUUCACAAGUACCCGAG